GAGGAUUCUGCUUCAAAGCGUAUGGAGAAAGGAAACCCUAUGACGAGGCCAGGCAGGUGUGUGCAGACGACGGCGGUCUUUUGGCUAUGCCGAAGGACAGCGACGUGGACAACUUCUUGGUGAACACUCUGAGGAAUCCAAGUGCGCAUUACUGGAUCGGUCUGAACGACCAGGAAAGUGAGCGCACGUGGAUUUGGGAAGAUGGAACUCCACAUAACAGAACCGGUGACUUCGGCCGCUGGCACCCUAAUGAACCCAACCACGUGAACCAUGACGAUGACUGCUCAUUCUACCACUAUGGAGAAGCUGCUUCAUGGACCGACAUGUCGUGCUCUCGGUCGGAAUUGUUCAUCUGCCAAGUGGACCUAAAUGUUGUGAAUCCAGAUCAUUGCAACCCCAACCCUUGUGAGAAUGGUGGCGUGUGCACCGAGAUCGGCGUCAUGUCCUACAGGUGUGCAUGUCCGGAUGGCUGGUCAGGACACAACUGUCAAUUUCAUUGCGCUCCUGCAUACACUCCAUUUGGAGCUUCGUGCUUUAAGGCAUUCUGGGAAAAGAAACCCUAUGACGAGGCCAGGCAGUGGUGUGCAAACGACGGCGGUCUUUUGGCCAUGCCGAAGGACAGCGACGUGGACAACUUCUUGGUGAACACUCUGAGGAAUCCAAAUUCUCAUUACUGGAUCGGUCUGAACGACCAGGAAAGUGAGCGCACGUGGAUUUGGGAAGAUGGAACUCCAUUUAACAGAACCGGUGACUUCGGCCGCUGGCUUCCUAAUGAACCCAACCACUUGGGCCAUGACGAGGACUGCGCACACUACCACUAUGGAGAAGCUGCUGAAUGGACCGACAUGUCGUGCGCUAGGUCAGAAGCGUUCAUCUGCCAAGUGGAACUCGACGUUGUGAAUCCAGAUCAUUGCAACCCCAACCCUUGUGAGAAUGGUGGCGUGUGCACCGAGAUCGGCGUCAUGUCCUACAGGUGUGCAUGUCCGGAGGGCUGGUCGGGACACAACUGUCAAUUUAAUUGCCCUCCUGCAUACACUCCACACGGGGGGUCGUGCUUUAAGGCUUUCUGGGAGAAGAAACCCUACAGCGAGGCCAGACAGUGGUGUGCAAACGACGGCGGUCUUUUGGCCAUGCCGCGGGACAGCAACGUGGACAACUUCUUGUUGAACACUCUGAGGAAUCCAAAUUCUCAUUACUGGAUCGGUCUGAACGACCUGGCCACUGAGGGCGUGUGGAUGUGGGAAGAUGGAACUCCACAUGACACAACUGCUGACUACAACCGCUGGUAUCCGGGAGAACCCAAUGGCGUGAACACAGACGAUGACUGCUCAUUCUACCACCAAGGAGAAGCUGCUACAUGGGGCGACAUGUCGUGCUCUCGGUCGGAGUCGUUCAUGUGCCAACUGCAACGCGAUGUCGAUGAAUGUGCAGAAGGCUCAGACAACUGCCACGAGCAAGCAACAUGUGCUAACACAGACGGUGGGUUCACCUGUACCUGUAACAGUGGCUACAGCGGGAAUGGAGUCACCUGUACCGAUGUCGAUGAAUGUGCAGAUGACUCAGACAACUGCCAGGAGCAAGCAACCUGUGCUAACACAGACGGUGGGUUCACCUGUACCUGUAACAGCGGUUACAGCGGGGACGGAGUCACCUGUACCGAUGUCGAUGAAUGUACAGAUGACUCAGACAACUGCCACCAGCAAGCAACCUGUACUAACACAGACGGUGGGUUCACCUGUGCCUGUAACAGCGGUUACAACGGGGACGGAGUCACCUGCACGGGUUUGUCUGACCUGACCUUCACCGAUGUGGAGAUGGACUACAUGAUCCUGUCCUGGACGGCGCCCGCCGGGGUGUCACGGUACCGACUCCGUUAUAGUCAUGCCGGGGCUUCGUACCAGGACCUGUCUCCCCCGCCAGCACCGAGCGACACCACGGCCACCGUAGCCGGACUGUUGGCAGACACAGAGUACACCUUCACCCUGACUGCGUUUGGAGCUGACGGCGAGCAAAUAGGAGAGAUCACCGGGACAGAGACAACAGCUGAGGUUAUCGUGAAUGUGGAGUGCUAUGAGGACUACAUGACCGUGGCCUUCCCCAGAGCAGUGCUAGAAGCUGCAGGGGUCACGUUGGACUUGCACUUGUUGGACGACAGCUGCCGUUCGACAGUUACCGACCAGUUUGUGACUCUUGUGGCCCCCCUUCAAUCCUGCGGGACGAUACAGGAUUCGUCAGAAGAUGACAAAUUCAUCUUCACUAACGAGGCCAUCGGCAGUCAGGAAACGGCUGAUAACGGCGCUGUGAGAGGAACGCCCUUCAGUAAGAGGUUCCAGUGUGAGUUCGUCCGUCAGUACGUGGUCUCACAGGGAAGGCAGAUCAUGUACAACAUUCCACUUCCUCGUGUGCAAGUCGUAGACGGGAAAACCAGUUUCACCUUCGAGAUGCACAUGUAUACAUCGAGUGACUUUACUGCUACAUAUGAGUCACCCGACUUCCCGUUGCAGGUGUCCUCAUCUGACCAUCUGAACUUCGGAUUGAGCGUGAAAUCCCCGCUGAACAACCUGCAGCUGUUCGCUCUCCACUGCCUGGCCACACCGACUACCGACCCUGCUGCCACGCCAAGCGUUAGCAUCAUUCAAGACGGGUGUGACAUCGACCCAACGCUUCAACUGGACAGUACACUGUCUAACGACAUGGCCUUAUACUACUCUAUCCAAUCAUUUACCUUCCCCAACAUUGACGAUCCUAGCCUGGUGUACAUCCACUGCACCAUGGUAGUCUGCUUCAAAGACGACACGAACUCGCGGUGCAGUGAGGGCUGUGUCCCCGCAGCACGACGCAGGCGCGCCGUGUCUGACGAGAGCGAGGCCCGAGUGCGACGUGCGAGUGAAAAUGACCACCAGGCCGACAUCAUGCAGGGACCCUUCGCAGUUAAGGGGGGACAAAACCAAGGUAGAGCCUCCACCGUCCCCACUGUCGGCAUCGCUGUGGGGAUAGUUGCGGGUAUAGCCGGCGCCCUCCUGGUGGUAUUUGCCGUCUUGCUGGUGAGGAAGAGACGUGGUCGUGACGCCAAGGAGCAGGCUGAGGAUCGUGUCGGUUUUGACAACUAUUCGCUUGAGCUCUGGGGAAAGGACAAGGCUGCCAACGGCACCCCUAAACCUGAGUAGUCGUGUUUUGUGUGAGGCUCGAAAUGUGAGCAUGAGCCGUAUUCGUGGAUAGCAACCCAAAUUUCUCUCCCUCCUUCUCCUCCCUCCACUCACUCCAUUUCUCUUUCUCUUUAUCUAUCUUACACG